AUGACACAGAAACCAUGGAGAAAGUUUCUGUCACAUGUAGGUCCUGGUUUCUUAGUCUCAUUGGCCUACCUUGAUCCGGGAAAUAUGGAAACUGAUCUGCAAGCCGGAGCCAACCACGGAUAUGAGCUGCUGUGGGUGAUACUUAUUGGGUUGGUGUUUGCUCUUAUAAUUCAGUCAUUGGCUGCAAAUCUUGGUGUUUGUACUGGCAAACACCUUUCAGAAAUAUGUAAAGCAGAAUACCCAUUAUUUGUGAAGUACUGCUUGUGGCUAUUAGCAGAGGCUGCUGUCAUAGCUGCAGACAUACCUGAAGUGAUUGGCACGGCCUUUGCGCUUAACAUACUCUUCCACAUACCAGUAUGGGUUGGAGUUCUCCUAACUGGCUGCAGCACUCUCUUGCUUCUUGGCCUCCAGAGAUUUGGGGUGAGGAAGCUGGAACUGCUUAAAGCAAUCCUAGUUUUUGUGAUGGCUGCAUGUUUCUUUGUGGAAAUAGCCUAUGUCAAACCCUCUGCUUCUGGUGUAUUAAAAGGAGUGCUUACACCCAAACUCAGCAAUCAUGAAGCCACAGGCGAUGCUAUUGCCCUUUUGGGUGCCCUUGUCAUGCCGCACAAUCUUUUCCUCCACUCUGCUCUAGUGCUGUCUAGAAAAGUACCUACUUCCGUUCGCGGCAUCAAUCAUGCAUGUAGGUUCUUUUUCAUAGAGAGUGGGUCCGCGCUGUUUGUGGCAUUUCUAAUCAAUGUGGCAAUGAUUUCUGUGUCCGGCACUGUUUGCUCCGCGACCAACCUUUCUGCAGAAAAUACUGAUCAAUGCAAUGACCUUACCCUUAACUCUGCUUCUUUCCUUCUCAAGAAUGUGUUGGGAAGGUCGAGCUCAACCAUUUAUGCGAUAGCAUUGCUAGCCACAGGACAAAGUUCUGCCAUCACUGGAACCUAUGCAGGGCAAUACAUCAUGCAGGGUUUCUUAGACUUGAAGAUGAAAAAAUGGAUUAGGAACUUGGUGACAAGGAUCAUUGCCAUAGCACCUAGUCUUGUUGUUUCUAUCAUUGGUGGAUCUGCUGGUGCUGGGCUUAUCAUAAUCGCAUCGAUGAUACUUUCUUUUGAGCUUCCAUUCUCUUUAAUUCCACUGCUUAAGUUUAGCAGUAGCAGUAUCAAGAUGGGACCUCACAAGAACUCUUUGAUUAUCAUUAUCUUCUCGUGGAUAGUAGGCUUGGGGAUAAUCUGUAUCAAUGUAUACUACCUUAUUACUGCUUUUGUGGGUUGGAUAUUUCAUAACAGUCUACCAAAGGUGGCAAAUGUGUUCAUUGGGAUCAUAGUGUUUCCUCUAAUGGCAAUCUAUGUUCUCUCAGGUAUCUACCUCACGCUCAGAAAAGACACUGUCCAAGUAUAUGUUGAGACAAAGAAUGACCCAAUGAUGCAAACUCAUGUGGAAAAGGGGUUUAUGAACAAUGGUCAAUUAGAGCUGAGCCAUGUUCCUUACAGAGAAGAUUUAGCUGAUAUCCCACUACCAGAAUAGGGGACCUGAGCUAUGGACCAAGCACAUCACCAUCCAUAAACAGGAAUUUCAAAUUGCAAGUUAAUCACAUUUUUCUGCUGUAGU